AAGCUGCGUUUUUUGGUUUGCGUUUUAUAGGCAUUGAAAGCAGACGAUCUCGUGAAUUUUAACGAAAAUGGAAAAAAGUGAAUUUCGUGUGCUAAUUAAGCAUUAUUUUUUGCGUAAAAAAUCCAUCACCGAAACCAAGGAAAGACUUGAUAAAUAUUAUGGGGACUCUGCUCCAUCAAUUUCAAUGGUUAAGAAAUGGUUUACUGAGUUCCGUUGUGGUCGUACCAGUACAAGUGAUGCCGAACGUUCAGGUCGCCCAAAAGAGGUCGUCAUGCCAGAAAUCGUCGACAAAAUCCAUGGAAUGAUAUUGGAUGAUCGGAGAAUGAAAGUGCGUGAGGUAGCUGAGGCUGUAGGCAUCUCAACUGAACGGGUACAUCACAUUUUACAUGAAUAUUUGGACAUGAAAAAGCUUUCCGCGCGAUGGGUGCCGCGAUUGCUCACACACGACCAUAAGCGCAACCGUGUGACCAUUUCAAAGGAGUGUUUGGCGAUGUUCAACCGCAAUCCAAACGAAUUUUUGCGCCGUUUCGUUACCGUAGACGAAACAUGGAUCCACCACACCACACCAGAGACCAAAGAACAAUCAAGACAGUGGGUUUCUCCGGGUGAACGUGCACCAAAGAAGGCCAAGGUGGGUCUGUCGGCCAACAAGGUCAUGGCCACAGUUUUUUGGGAUGCACAAGGUAUCAUUCACAUCGAUUACCUUGAAAAGGGUAAAACGAUCACCGGCGAAUAUUAUUCAGAGCUUUUGGACAGAUUCGAUAUUGAUUUGAAGCAGAAACGACCGCAUUUGGCGAAAAAAAAAGUGCUGUUCCAUCAGGACAAUGCACGGGUGCACACGUGUGUAGUCAGCAUGGCAAAAUUUCAUAAAUUGGGCUACGAACUGCUACCCCAUCCAGCAUAUUCUCCAGAAAUAACUUUGUGCCACGCCCACGCUACAACCCACAAACCGCAAAAAACUGUCGGUGUGGAACUUUCUCCUUCGCACUUCCACUAG